AUGGCGGCCGGUGGCGGAGCAGACUGGAAGCUCCCGAACACUCUUCCAGAGUUUACUCGCUAUGUACCUCCCGGCUGGAAGCCGGGCCUGCCAGAAUAUACGUUCAAGAACUUCCUCGAACGCCUCCACCUCUGGUGGAGAAUCACUCCUAUCACGGAUGAAGAAGCAGGGCCUCUUGUUGCCAGCAGGCUCUUGGACCAGGCGUUCGAGGUGGCAAUGCAUAUGAGAGUGGAUCGCAACGGUCAGAUAUAUACUGGUGAUGCGGCUCUUGCUCUUGCGAAGACAGAUGCAGUGCUCGACCCUCAUGAUGGAUCGGUUGUUGUGCCAGAAAAUCCUGCUGGCGUUGUGCAUCUCAUCCAACGUCUCAAGGAGGCCUUCGAGGUUCACGACCAGGACAAACAGGGCGAAAUAUUGGAUAGGUUCUGGGACACACGCAGGGGUUCGAGUUCAUUGCAAGACUUUCUCCUAUGGUUCAAGCAACGGUACGAUGAGGCUGAGAGCAAGGCAGGACUUCAGCUGAAUGACGCGGGACGGACUCACCUCCUCUUCAAGUGGAGCGGCCUUCCAGCACGACGGGUCGCGGACAUAAAGCUUCAUCACAAUGGCGACCUGACACAGUUCAACCAGAUCUACAGCAUGAUAAGCAGAAUUGCGAAGCAAGAAAUGGCAGCUGGAGUCACUCAUCAUCAUGGACACUACGGAGAGUGCGACGAUGAGGAGCUGAACGACGAAGACUACCAUCUCUCCUUUUAUACAGAUGAAGAUCAAGAUGAAUAUAUAGAUUUCACAUAUGACGAAGACACGGACCUACACUAUCGAGAUUAUAUGGUUGCAGAAUCUGGUGAAUGGCGAUAUGGUGCUUAUGACAGUUAUUGGAAUUGGUAUGAUCAAGAUGAAGUUGAAUCCUAUCUUGACGAGCUCGACCUGGAGGAAGCCUAUCAAAUGACUGGAUUCAGACCCAAAGAAAAGGAAAAGGCAAAGGACGCUUUCGCAGCAAAGGACGUGGAAAAGGCUCCAAAGGUCGAGGACGCGGACGAAAAGGCAAAGGACAAAGGCAACGGCGGCAAGACGAAGAACAAGCAGGACAGCAACGGAUGCAGUACGUGCGGCUCAAAAUGGCAUCGAGACCAGGACUGCCCAGCCAAGCAUCGAGCAGCCGCUGGAAAUCAAGAUGGCAAAAACCAAUGCAAGAUAUACGCAGACUCUACAUCACUUCAGCGAUUACCAAGCGAAUACGGAAUACACAGGACUGCUCUCGCCGCUGGACAUCGUGGACCUGACGACCUGGAUUACUCACAAUGGAGCCAGCAGGAGUCCGACUUCUACCUGGACGACGACGGCCAAGACAUCACGCUGAAGAACUCGCACUCCAAGUUGUCUGGUAUUGACGGCAAGGCCAGUCCAUCGCUUGGGCUCGGCACGAUUCCCCUGAACCUGAAGGCGCUACCCAGGAGCACAUUCACGAUGGAUCUUCUCGGCGGUUCAGGUUCGCGGUGCCCUUGCCUUCUUCCGAACGAGUCGAUGAUUGAGCAUGUGGCAUCCAUGUGCACGAAUGUUCUUCCCAACAAGGACGGGGUGUUGGUCAUCAAUCACAUCGGAUCAAUGGGCAAGAAGGUGGCACCAACUUCUUUCUUACGUAUUCUGUACACGGACUCGGGCCACUACCUCUUGCCGAUCGACGGCCCUACAGCCAACACCGGAGAAGAAGCUUCAGCUCUACGGCAAGCAGUGAAGGACUACAUGGAGUUCAUCUUUGACGUUAACCAGACUGCGAAGUCGAAUGUCAGUACGGCGUUGCAUAUCAGCCAGAUGUUCUACAAGCAGUGGGCCUCGUUUACUGGCGACAUGUGGACAGGAGCGAAUAUGUGGCCUACCUCUUGUGAUCGUGAUGAUGUUUCUGAGCUCGAACGAAAGUACCGGGCGUGGCCUGAGGAAUUCUACCAGCAGACGAUGUUGCCUGUCAUCACCCCUCGCAACGCGACGUUGUGGAUGGAUCAUAUGAAAGGCUUCAAAGUACACGUGCAGGAACGUAUGUCUGGAAGUGGUCGUCUUUCCCUCAGGUGCAUGCGGCUCGGUCUACAGAUGGCGUUUCCUGUGGACUACCGGUACGGUUGGAACUUGGCAGACUCGGAGCAUCAGAACAUCCUCACGGCGAUCAGGCACACGGUGGGCAUCAAGAUCACCAGGUGGGCUCCUGCAUGUACACCUUGGUCCCAGGCCUCAAAAGGAAAUGCGGAAAAACGAGAAGCAGAACGCGAAGCUCAGGACCCCACUCUCAGCUGGUGUGUCUCGGAUAUACAAGAUGGACAGAAGCGUGGUGAACAUGCAGCAGUCGAGAACCCAGCCACCAGCGAGAUUUGGGACAAGUCUUCUCUGCGAUGUCUUUCAGGACUGGGACUACGGCCCUACGUUGGAGAUCAUUGUCCGUUCGGUGCAGUCAAUGAGAACGGCGAACCAAUACGGAAAAGGACACGAUACUUGAGUACCUUCGGCCUCCGCGGAACUACUCGACACUGCAAAUGCAAGGUUCCUCACGGGCAGCUCGUUGGCCAUACGGAUGGAGUACGCCGGACGGCUCGAGCUGCAAUCUACCCCAAGCAGUUGUGCGACGCCAUCGGCAAGGACAUCAUGAAGAUCAUCGGCCAGGCCAAGACCGGAUACUAUCAUGGAGAGUUUCUGACGGAGAACGCCGACGGCUGCAACUACACAAGUUGCUGGACGUGCCCCCGCUGCAAGCACGGCACGAAGACUACGGAACCUCACACGCGGAUUCAAGGGCAAUGCAAGAUGGCAGGAUCGGUUCCUCGUGGCGCACCGGCUCCAGUCGCUGCUCCAGCUCCUGCGGCAGCUGCACCGGCUGCCCAGCUGAGGAUUCAGAAGAUGAUCCUCUGGUGGCAGCACCCGAGGAACCUCCUGACGAAGACGAACCAGCAGUACAACCUCUACAAGACGUGCCAUUGGAACGGGCUCCCGAUGCUUCGGGAGAUCAGCACGCUGAAGGAGAAGCCGAAGAUAGCCAAGAAGGAAUGGUAUGAUGUGAAGCCCAGCUUCAACCUGGCGAACCUCCUCAAGAAGCUGAAGGAAGCGGCAGAGAACAAGGUUGGCAUCUCCAUGGCAGUUCAUUUCAACCAGAGAGUACAGAUAGACCUGUUCUUCCAGUGGGACGAGUGCUUCAUCCUGAUCAUCGAUGAGUUCAGCAAGUAUAAGAUCGCGGACUUCCUCAAGGAUCGUACUGCAGAAGAAAUUCUUACGUCAGUACGACGCUGUUGGAUACGGUACUUCGGACCCCCAGUACGACUUAUCCUCGAUCAGGAAGGUGGCCUUGUAUCAGAACUGUGCUCGAGGAUGUGUGACAAAUUCAACAUCAGGCGCAGCUUUGCUGGAACGGAUGACCACACGUUGACGGGCUUGGUGGAGCGCUGGAUCUCACUUGUCAGACUCUGCUCGCUCAAGUUGAAGAAGAGUUGCCAGGUUCAGGGAUUGCAGGUCACUAACGCCGACAUUAUCCAUGAAUCAGCCAUGGUCUCGAACUCACUUGUGUCGUACGGCGGCCAGUCUGCGAACCAGGUAGUGCUUGGAUUUACUCCGCGAGACUUCUACGACAUGGAGGCGACUACUCUGGAUUCAGUUACUUCGGCGGUCGACAGCUGUCCGGGCCAAUUCGAAUCGGCUCUGAGACUGAGAAUGCAAGCGAAGAUCGCAAUGGCCAAGAGUCUCGUUGAAGAGCGCAUUGCACGAUGCAAUCGCACCCGGCAGCAGCAGACACCUCCUGGACAGCGACUUCAACCAGGCGAGCCAGUGGACAUCUACCGAGUGCCAGAAAGGAAGGAUCAAUCCGGCUGGCGAGGACCAGCUGAACUCGUGAAGCUCACUCAGGGCACGGGCAUUGUCGUGUGGAACGGUAUUCCCUACAUCCUGCCAACACGACACAUCCGACGGCACACGGUGAAGUUGGAAAAAAUUCCUCUCGGCAAUGGCAACAAUUUCGUGUACCUCCUGCAGAAGAAUGAGGACACUGAGAACCUCUUCAAGCUGAUGGACCUCGUGGACGGCACAGCUUACGGACAGUAUACGCGGCUCGGAAAGACCUUCAACGGAAAUGUGAUGGCGUGUUUUCCUCCAGCAGCUCAGCUACGACUGGUGAACCACUGGGCGCUGUGCAUGCAGAUAUACAAGAAGGUCUUCCACUUGAAGAGCGUAGAUGGACUCUUGUACGGGACAUCAGUCAAACGGAUACCAGCUCUCGAUCGGAUAUUUCAUGGACUUUUGGUGACGUGGUCGCGAGCAAAUCAUGCUGAUUACCUGGCACAGGAAGUUCGUCCAAACAAGGGUCUUAACGUAGCAGACUACUCAAAAGGAAGUUGGGAGGACACCUCAUUCUUCCUCAUGUACCGAACCGAGCUACCGGUAAACCCCUUCUUGGACGACUACGAGAUUCCCAACAUCGACGACCUGGGCAACGUGGAAACCAUGCCGGAGAGCAUGAGAGAUAUCGAUCAGGACCUCAAGGACAUGGUCAGCCUCCUGCCGGACGACGACAGCUGGGACAUGAGCUCGCUGGAAUAUUCACCUGAUGUAUCGAGACG